AUGCCUUCUCUCGACAAAUUGCCGACGGAGGUAGUCAAUUUGAUCUGCGAAAACAUAUCUUCCAGUAUCCAAUGUCAGCUCAUUUCUACAUGCCGCCGAUUAAAAACACAAGUUGUGCCAAUACUAUAUCGCGAUGUGACACUGGAUGUUCGCGAAGAGGAUCAAAAGAGUGUCGACUCGCAAAUUGCGUGUUUCUUCCGCACUAUUCGAGAUAAUCUAAGUCUAGCGCUUUGUGUGCGCGAUCUCAGUGUCAAAGGUCAUAGACCUGCUAGCAUUGAGGUUGGAUAUAUUCCUAUUUUCGAGAAUGAUGAGAAGGAUACCACAGAUCAACAAACUCAUCAACCCGAUACAAGAAAGCUGGUGUAUGAAACUUGCGACACGAAUUCGGUGAUUGCUGCGAUGCUUCAUAAACUCGAGAACCUCGAGACACUUCACCUGGAGUAUCAAUUCUGGUCGGAAAAUGGGUUCCUGCCUGUUAUUUAUCAGAAUUGCCUGAAGAAGUUGAGGAAGAUAAAUUUGGGUAUGAUGUUCCACCCAUAUUAUACGGGACGGGAAGGCGAGCUUUGGGAGCGGAUGCAAGGUUCGGAUCAGAUGGAUAUGAGUCGAUUACGAAGUCUGAUGAGUCUUCCACUUAUCGAGAGUAUCACUUGUGUCGCUGCGAAUGAUGAGAAAGACGAGGAAAUUGAGUUCGCAUCCAUGCUGCCCGCUCAAAAUCUUACUUAUCUCAAGCUCCUCAGAAGUAAAAUGACGCCACGUGGACUGGGCAAGAUACUCAGUGCUACACCCAACCUCCGGCAACUCGAGUACGAGUUUUGGAUCGAUAUGAAAAUCAACGAGGAUCCCACAGUAUACUAUGACGGCACAGUACUCGACAACGCGCUGAAACCAGUGCGCAAUGUGCUUGAACGACUACGCCUAAACAUUCGUCACAAUGGCGACUAUAAGUUCAACGGCUGUAGCUGGCGCACUGAAGUGCGAGGUAUACUACGAUCUCUCGCCUCUUUCACACAAUUGACUCAUCUCCACCUACCGCAUUUACUCCUCCUUGGACGAUCCAUUGAAGAGGCGAAUGCAGUCAAAUUCGUCAACAUGCUACCGCGCUCGCUCAAAUUCUUGUCUGUAUUUGCCGACUCUCUGCCUCCGCUGAGACCGUUUCUCCCUGUCGACUUUACAAAUGAAAAGCUGCUUGAUCGAUUGUAUGAGUAUCAUAGGAUGGAAUCAUAG